CCUGUUUAUUGGGGCGUUGAAUUUCCACCUUGUAGACUGACAGUUUCCCUCUCCUUGGGUGUUGUAACUGUCAGAAGCUGGUCAUCAGCGUCAGGGUCAGGAUAGAUCUAAUCCAGGUCCUGAAACUGGACAUCCUCUAGAAACACACCUUAUCUGUCCUAUGCUGAUCUAACAUCAUGUCUCUGAGGAUGUUGGGCCUUCUCAUUCUUGUGUUCUUACUGCAUGAUGUGGUCAGUUUUUGCACUGAUAACCCACUCGUCCUGGACCCUCCUAAGGUUAUAAGACAAUAUGGAGAGGAGGCCAUAGUAAACUGCACCAGCACAGAUAUAAUACCUGCUGAGAUGUAUUGGACAAAUGAAAUGAAUGAAAAAGUCGCUGAAGUGGAAGAGUAUUUACAUUAUGUGUUGUGGAAAGUGUCAUUAUCAGACUGGAAUGUAAAGGCCAGGUGCAAUAUAAGUCUGAAUGAGCAUGAUAAAUGCAGCAAAGACCUUGAAAUCACCAUUUACAAGAAUCCAGACACUGUGACAGUGUCUGCAGUGACUCAUGGUCCAGUGAUGGAGGGUGAAACGUAUAAGUUGCGGUGUGACAUCAUCAAUGUCGCUCCUGUUCAGAACCUCACUGUGAGGUGGUACAAAGACCAUCAAAUCAUCAAGACUGAUUUUUUCACCAACAAAACCAAAACACCAGUCAAUGAGUCCUCUACCCUGACAGUCAACAUCAGCAAAAGAGAAAAUGGAGUUCAGUUUAAAUGUGAGGCUCUGAUGGACAUUGGACCGCCAACUCCUGUAACGUCUAACACACACAGUGUUUCUGUGCACUAUGCUCCUGAGCUCAACAACCAAACUGCUGACCUCUAUGUGAGAGAAGGUAAUGAUGUUCCCCUGACCUGUGAAGCUGAGGGCGAACCUUCUCCUUCCUUUUACUGGACCUGUGAUGGCAUGACUAUGUCAGAGAGCACAAACAGUCUGAUUAUUCCUCAAGUAAACACCAGUGCAACCUACACCUGCACUGCUACCAACUAUCUGGGAAACAUAACUAAACAAAUCCACAUUCAUGUGAUAAGGAACACCAUGACAUCACCUGCUACAACCAUGACAUCACUGGUGGCAUCAAAACCAAAAAGUUGCCUUAUAACACUGAUGCCUCCUAAACUUGUGGUGAGAUUUGGAGACCAAGUUUCAGUUAACUGCACCACAUCAGCCACAAAUAUUUCUGAAAUGGGCUGGGAGGCUUCAGUUGGAGCCACAGGAAUGAAAAAUUCUUCUUGGGUCACCUGGAUGGUUGAAAAACUUAUCUACUGGACUGUACAACCUAUGUGUUUUGUUAAUCUGGAGAAUGGUGUCCAGUGUUUCGAGAGCCCAGCUAUCACUGUUUAUAAGAAUCCAGACACUGUGACAGUCUCUGCAGUGACUCAUGGUCCAGUGAUGGAGGGUGAAACGUAUAAGUUGCGGUGUGACAUCAUCAAUGUCGCUCCUGUUCAGAACCUCACUGUGAGGUGGUACAAAGACCAUCAAAUCAUCAAGACUGAUUUUUUCACCAACAAAACCAAAACACCAGUCAAUGAGUCCUCUACCCUGACAGUCAACAUCAGCAGAAGAGAAAAUGGAGUUCAGUUUAAAUGUGAGGCUCUGAUGGACUUUGGACCACCAACUCCUGUAACGUCUAACACACACAGUGUUUCUGUGCACUAUGCUCCUGAGCUCAACAACCAAACUGCUGACCUCUAUGUGAGAGAAGGUAAUGAUGUUCCCCUGACCUGUGAAGCUGAGGGCAAACCUUCUCCUUCCUUUUACUGGACCUGUGAUGGCAUGACUAUGUCAGAGAGCACAAACAGUCUGAUUAUUCCUCAAGUAAACACCAGUGCAACCUACACCUGCACUGCUACCAACUAUCUGGGAAACAUAACUAAACAAAUCCACAUUCACAUGAUAAAGAACCUAGUACCAAAAGGACCAGAGCCGGUCCCUACUACAACCUCAGCACCUUACACUGCUGAUGCGCACGGUGAACCCAAUAAAACCGUCUCAGCUGUUCCUUGGUGGCUAAUCCUGCUGUCCAUCAUUUGUAUCCUCCUCGCCAUCCUUGUGGUCAUUGUGACCAUUGCCUACAAAAACAGUAAAAAGCGUGGACAAUAUUCUUUUAUCAAUAACAAUAUCCCUUUGAGUAAGUUUGAAGAUGCAAAAGCUUAGCUCAGUUUAUUACUUGCUGAAUAUGUAAGAUUAAUUCAGCCUGGGGAUUAAAAACACAGUCAUAUAUGUCAUUUAUCAUGCAUGUCCUGUAAAUUUUGUUAGUUCAUUUAGGAAUUUGGUAUAGUAAUGGUCUAUGUUUGCACCAGAAUAGACUGUCUUUUGUACAAGCCUGUUAUGGGGCUGAGGUACUAAUUAGCACCACAGAUUUUCCAAAUAUAUUUUAACA